AAGAAAACAAGACCUAGAUGCUAUGCUAUACAUGCUAGGAUAUGUGCAUAUAAGAGGAAUAGGAGACAAUGAAAAUUAAAAUGAUUUGAGGCAGAGAAAUAACAAGUGCAUAUCAUAUCAUAUCAAGCAUUUAGCUCUCUCUGUGGCAUUUUAUCAAACACCUUUGUCACUAUAUACAUACAUCUGAUCAAAUCCCAGUCCCUGCGGAGAAUCUCGUAUCUUGAAUAUGCAAAGCAUAAGGAAAUCUAUCUUGAGUCAUGUGAACUUGAGGAGGUCAAUUGAAAGAUGGUUCUUUUCUGGGAAUGAGUGUGCCAAUAUGCAAUUCAGAUACUUGUGCUCUUCAACAGGAUCGGGCUCUGAUUUGAUACUGGACAGAGUAAUUGCACUUGCCAAGAACUAUGAUAAAAUUAAUGCCUCAAAGGUUACUGAAACAGCUGAUUUUCAAAAGGACUUGAACCUGGACAGCUUGGACCGCGUGGAACUCAUUAUGGCUCUUGAAGAAGAGUUUUCAGUCGAAAUCCCGGAUGAGAAAGCGGAUAAGCUUGCCUGCUGCGCUGAUGUUGCGAAAUACAUAGCCUCGGCUAAAGCUGACCAGAAGAUUGGGGAAAGGCCCUGAAACUUCACUCUGUUAUUCUCUUAGGAUGUGGUAUUCUGAGUUUACUUUUUCCUUGAUUGUGAUAUAUGAACCUAUGUUAAGUAUGCUUAGUAGCAUGUAUUACUUGAUGUUAGUUUACUUAAUAGUGUGCUUCAUAUGGGAAUGCCUUAAUUGGUUUGAAGAAUACCAAAUAAUUGAUCUUAGCUAAUAUUGAACACUUGUAUGAUCAUUCUUAGUUUUGUAUAUGAUCAACUAUUCGUGGUUUAAUUUGAGCAACAACCACAAAGCCUUAUCCUACUAGGUGGAGACGGCUAAAUGGAUUAAGUGACGCCAUUGAGCUCAA